AGGGAGAGUUGCAGCAGUAGCAUUCUACAGUGGCUACGUUACCAUCACAAUUUUUAGUGCAUGCAAAUACCCCCUACCUGCUAAUGCAAAACGGCAUUCAAGUCGGCAAAUCGGGAAACUAGCAGACGACGGGUGUCAGAGUGGAAGGGGAACUAACGGUGCAGACUCUGAUGAUGAUGAGGAUGAUGAUGGUGAGGAUGAUGAUUCUGUAAGAGAGUUAUAAGCAUGAAUACAAUAUUAUGUGAAAGAGGAGGUAGCUAGAGAUAAUACCUGAAAUGUUUCCUUACGUUAUGAACAGUCACAAAAUGUUGGUGUACAACAAUAUGCUACUUAACCGAUUUAAUUUUGCAGAGCUCAUGCUCUGCAUUAUGACCUUGGAUAUGAAAGUGAACAUUUGCAUGGUCGUAAUCAUCGUUAUGUGAUGCUUAUGUUUGUGUGGUUGGUGGUUGCUGAUACACUCAGUGCGCGUUUGGAUAAUCACAGCCCGCACUCAAGUACGCACGGCGUGCAGUUGAGGCGAGGAAGUGGGAGCGAAUGCGUGUUCUUAUGGAGGGACACACUAGGCUUCAACAUGGCCUCAUCACGAUAUGAAUGGCGCUGGUAUUUUCUAUAUUACCAUAUCUUGUUUGUGGUUUACAUUUUCUUUAACAUGUCGGCCAUCAGUGGCAUAUGGCAGUCGCGGGCGCCAGAUAGAUUGUUAGGAACGGUUCCUUGCCUCGGGGUUCUCGUGGUAAAUUUAUUUUAUUGGCAUGUUGUGUGGGAGAGGCAAUGUUUUUCAGUAAAAGCCUGUUCUGUUGAUUACUUGGCGUUGGGGAUAUGGUGGUCGUUUGAAAUAAAUGUGGCCUUUUCACAGAAUCUUCUUGAUCUGGUAGGAUUGAAAGGAUGCAACUCUACCUGCGCUAGAAUGAUAUAUUUAAAUAGAAUAACGGUAUUCUUCAGGCUGUAGAUUGCAUUUUGUAGGCUACUGACCAUGUCAUUUGUGUCUCAGCGCUAACGUUAGUGGGCGCAAUGCAAAAAACAGCAUUAUCUAGCCUACUGUAAACGAGCUAUACAGUAGCCUAAUAAUAUAAUGUAUUAUCGAAUGUAGAGUUAUUUUGUUUUUAAAUAUUGACCUAUGUUGUAAUGGUUUAACAUUGAUAUUAAAGUAGUUUUUUAUGUAUAUACUUCCAUGCUUCCACUGUAGGCCUAUCUCACUGUAGGCCCCGUGGUGCCACAUAAUGUUGUAUUUUAUGACGUAGCCUAUAGGAUAUCUCGAAACAUUGCUUUUAGUGAAUGCGAAUUGGUAGGCCUAAAUAGUAUGACGAAUGGUUAUAUGGAUAUAAUAUUUUUAUGUAGACCUAAUAUAAUGCAGUUUGCGUUUUCAUAGUGACAAUUCUACAGAUGCUAUGAAUGUAACAGCAUGUUUUUGUUUUUUGUGUGUGUGUGUUUGCAACUUAAUGCAUAGACCUACUGUUUCCCUGUUGUAUUGAAUGCUUCAGUGCUGUUCAUAUCACAUGGUCCCAGUUAAAUAAAUGGUGAUGCAUUGAGUCUCACAGGAGAUAAAAUAGCUGUAUUGCAAGGGGAAUGCUCUGCUCUAGUGUAAUAACAGUAUUACUGUCAGUAGGCCUAUGCAGACAUUAUUUAAAAAAGACAGGGUUAUUCAUUAGUUGUAUUAUGAGGAAGCCAAAUACAGGUUGUCAUAUCAAAACAGGGGUGUGCAUAUUUAAUGCAGGCAGGGGUGCAUUCACAUGGAGAUGCAUGUGGAGCUAAAAAUACCCCUUUCUGUUCUUGAGCAUGUGAGUUAUAGUGGAGAGUGAGCUCUCUUGCCACAUUUAUCAGGGGACAUGUUGACUUGUUAAUUAGUAUAUUACUGUGAGGGAUUACUAUCUGUUUUCAUCCUGUUGUAUCUCUCAUCGUUUGAGCUAUCACCUUUUUUCGUUUCACUCAUGAUGUUAUUAGGAUAUCAGGUGGAGCUCAGGCAGGGCACCUGUGGUCUAUUGCAUAAAUCUUUGUUUAAAUAAAUGUUAAUUAUGUUAAUACAUAAAGUCAGUUGGCCCUCUGUAACCUGGAAUAGGUAAUGACAUUAAAGUGUGAAGGAGGGUAGGUCAAUUUGAAUUUUUCUCUACGUAAUAUAUUGGAGAAACGCUGUUGAGUAAAACAUCAAUUAUGCCAAAGUUUGUUAUUUUCUUUUGGAUUAUGAGAAAAACAGUCACUCCAAGCAGAGCAACUACAGCUAUGUUUUAGGGAUUUAUCGGCCAGUCGAUAGUGCAGCUCAGCUGUGUAAUCUGGGUCACGGCACCAAUGUAGCAUCUACCAGUCUGCACCCUGUUUCAGUAUGGUGCUCCUGCUCCCUACAGCCUGCUUCACACUCCAGCCAACUACACAAAGCACUAGCCAACUACACAAAGCUCUAGCCAACUACACAAUGCUCUCUAGAGCAAUAGGCUAGCAAUAGUUUAUGUUCAUAUUCAGGUUUUUACACUUUAAUGUUGAGACAAGAAGAUAUUUGGUUGACUGACUCCUUUUGGGCUUAUUUAACUGCUUUUUGUAGUAGUGUGACUGACCCAUAUACUACUGAUCAUCUUAUGUAACAUUGAUAUUUUACACAGGGGAGAAGUGUCUUAUGUACAGUAACUCUGUCUUAGACAGAAUAAGGCCAAUUACAGAUUUUGCCCACAAAUCCAGGGCCAUUUUAUGAGAGGGAGGGGCUAGACAAAAAGUGGCACAGGUGUAAUGAAAUAUUUAAGUCCCUGUGGGUGAUGCAAUUAAUAGGGUUGUCAAACUGUGAACUUGUUUUGUUUGACCUGGCUUUUACAAUGGCAAUACAGAUGGGGAAAUAUAAACGCAAUCAUUCCUCUUCAAGAUACUUUUUUGGAACAGUUUUAGAUUUCCCCACUUUAAUGCCUAAACCCAGAUUGAGAUUGAUAAUAUGUAGAAGGAGGUAUUCCCUGAGGGUGGACAGACAUAGGCAUGUGUCUGUUAGGGUAUCAUCCUUGAGUCAUCUCUACCCACUACUGGAUGUUAUACUUAAUCAUAAUUUAGAGACCAGUGUCUAUCUGUGGUAUGAGGUCUUUGGGGGAUCGACAUUUGGGUGUCUUUUAGUUAGUGUUGGAAUGGAUAGGGAUGGGAACAGUUGGUUGUGUUUGGCUGGACAUACAGUAUAUGGGUGGAUUUAAUAUUGGAGAAGAUUAGAGCAAAUCUGAACAAAUGGGAAAGAUCAAGUCAUCCACCAUUGCCUAUCACUUUGGCAUUGAUUAUAACGCCUCAUGUGUUAGGUUAAUUUCACUGAAUCAAAGAUGUUUAACUCUUUAUAAUGCUGGUCAUUUGUCAAAUAAAAGUGAAUAGGUAGAUAAAUUGGUUAGAAACUCAGAUAUUGUCACCAAGACUUCAUAGUGCCCUCCUGCCCUUGUAAAAGUAAUAAUGAGCCCUUACCCUCAUCUCUCCCCUCACCCCUCAUCCCCAUUUCCCCUCUCCUCUCUUCUCUCUCACUUCCCUUCCCUUCUCUCCCCUACCCCAACCCCUCUCUCUCCUCACCCCUCACCCCUCACCCCUCACCCCUCACCCCUCACCCCUCUCCCCUCUCCCACAGUUGAUCAGUGGGGGAUCCAUCGUCAGCGCUGAGGCAGUAUGGGAUCAUGUCACCAUGGCCGACAGGGAGUUGGCAUUUAAGGCAGGGGAUGUCAUCAAGGUCCUCGAUGCAUCAAAUAAGGACUGGUGGUGGGGACAGAUUGAUGAUGAAGAAGGAUGGUUCCCAGCCAGCUUUGUGAGGGUGAGUGGAGCCAUCAACGAUUUUCUCAUUCCCUGCUGCACCGUGUCUUGCCCCUCAACAAGUACACUAGGGUUUACCACCUAUUCUCAAUGCUGCGAUGGAUUAUCCUUUGCCAUUGCGUUAUCAUUGAUAAUUAUCAUUGAUUGACUGCCCUGUUUUGAGGGCAGAUAUUUUAGGCUUGGAUGAUGAUGAUGAUAUUUUGAUAUUGAUCAAAAUAUGAUUAUGCCAUGCUAAUCUCACAGGAACUAAAAAUAUUUACUAGUCUCCAAUUGAAAUACUGUGAAAAGAAGAAGACUUCAGAAAAGUGAGGAGUUAAUACUUUGCUGGGUUAUCACUACUAGCCUUCUCCAUCUGCCAACUGUAAAAAUGAGUCUGAACGAGGUAUGUCAUGUUUUUCUCUCCAAAGGUUGAACCCCAUCCACCACAACCUCAAACAAAACAGGUUUUCUAUAUCAACCCUAUAGCAGCUCCAAGGUUCCAAAACACAACUACCAAGGUGCGUUUAAUAGUUUCAGCAAGUAUUUCAAAGCAGCUGUUUUAACUAGCAUCUCACUGCACAUUGGACCACCCCAUAUCUAACAUCCUGUCGCUUUAUACUACUGCUUCCAUUUGCAGACAUCACCAUGCUUCGAGUGUCAAGCUUGUAAUAGCAUUACGGUCAAACUAUGGUAUCUCAAACAACACUCUCUUUCUCACUCUCACUCCCUCUCACUUACUCUCUUUUUCUCAGUAUCUGCUCUCUCACUCAACUGAAAAGCGAGCACUGAGGCACUGAUUCAUCUCAGAUCUGAAUGAUGAAACAUGUAUGACCAACCUUUUAGCAGAGUACAGAGCAUAUCAAACAGGUGGAUAAAACGAACAAGGCUUGAUGAGUGACUCAAAUAAAAGCUAUUUAAUGGUUAUUUUAUGUAACCGGAUUUGUUGUCAUGUUGGAAGUUAUUUUCAGGAACAUACAUUUUCUAAAAUCUUAAGAGCAUUUCUGGAUUAUUGCACCUAUCCUAUGAAUUGACCAUACAGCUUUUGUCCACUGGUCCAAGGAAACAGAGAGAGUGGGCUCUAAAUAGACACCCGUGGACAAUGUACUCAGACUGCAAUAUACCGUGUACACAUAAUACCAUCAAGCACUGAGACCUGAUGUCUGGAAAAUAUGACUUACAGCACAGGUCAUAUGUGACUUCUGCAUGGCCACAUGCAUAUUUAAAAUCAAUCUCAGAAGGGUCCCAUGACUCUAUGUCCAGGAUGUUAUGGUGGGGUCUAGUGUUUCUAACAUAGAUUGGCACAUGUCAGAGGUGCUUUAUACCCAUCUUCUCUAUGUGCAGUCUCUCAAAGUGUGGUUCGUUACCCAAGUAGUGAUGAAGGACAAAGGGUUAGGCCUAAAACAGCACAACCAAUAUCUGACUUAAACAGUAGCUGUUCUCAUAGGUUUAAUGACCACAACUACUUCAUAUUUGCAAACAAACAGUCAGAUACAGUGGGGUCCGAAAUUAUUGAUACCCUUGAUAAAGAUGAGCAAUAAUGACUAUGAAAUAAAUAAUUAAAAUACUGAGCUAAAAAUUAUAUUAUUUUAUACUAAUGCAAUUGCUCAGAGAAAUAGAUAUUGUUUAAGAAGUAGUAUUGUUUUUUCUCAAAAAGGUAGGGGUAAUAAUUAUUGACACACCGUAAAGAUUCUUAUAAAUAAAGUAGUCAAAAGUUUAGUAUUUGGUCCCAUAUUCCUAGCACGCAAUGACUUCAUUAAGCCUCCACUCUUCUGGGAAGGCUUUCCACUAGAUGUUGGAACAUUGCUGCGGGGACUUGCUUCCAUUCAGCCACAAGAGCAUUAGUGAGGUCGGGCACUGAUGUUGGGCGAUUAGGCCUGGCUCGCAGUCGGCGUUCCAAUUCAUCCCAAAGGUGUUCGAUGGGGUUGAGGUCAGGGCUCGGUGCAGGCCAGUCAAGUUCUUCCACACCGAUCUCGACAAACCAUUUCUGUAUGGACCUCGCUUUGUGCACAGGGGCAUUGUCAUGCCUAAACAGGAAAGGGCCUUCCCCAAACUGUUGCCACAAAGUUGUAAGCACCACUCCAGCCGACGCUUGGCAUUGCACAUGGUGAUCUUAGGCUUGUGUGCGGCUGCUUGGCCAUGGAAACCCAUUUCAUGAAGCUCCCGACUAACAGUUAUUGUGCUGACGUUGCUUCCAGAGGCAGUUUGGAACUCGGUAGUGAGUGUUGCAACUAAGGACAGACGAUUUUUACGCGCUACUCUCUUCAGCACUUGGUGGUCCUGUUCUGUGAGCUUGUGUGGCCUACCACUUCGCGGCUGAGACAUUGUUGCUCCUAGAUGUUUCCACUUCACAAUAACAGCACUUACAGUUGACCGUGGGCAGCUCUAGCAGCGCAGAAAUUUGACGAACGGACUUUUUGGAAAGGUGACAUUCUAUGACGGUGCCACGUUGAAAGUCACUGAGUUCAUUAGUAAGGCCAUUUUUAUUUUAUUUUUUAUUUAUUAUUCAACAUUCUACUGCCAAUGUUUGUCUAUGGAGAUUGCAUGGCUGUGUGCUCGAUUUUAUACACCUGUCAGCAACAGGUGUGGCUGAAAUAGCCGAAUCCACUAAUUUAAAGGGGUUUCCACGUACUUUUGUAUAUAUAGUGUACCUCCAAGACAUGCUAACUUCUCACCAUUACCAAUAACAGGGGAGGUUACAAUGUCUUGGGGGUAUGAUCUUUCUCUGAGCAAUUGUAUUAGUAUAAAAUAAUAUAAUUUCCCAAUUUUUUUGAACAUACAAUAUAGCUCAGUAUUUGAGUUAUUUAUUUUAUACAGUCAUUAUUGCUCAUCUUUAUCAAGGGUGUCAAUAAUUUCGGACCCCACUAUCUGUCGUUACGAUUGAGCAAAACUCUGGAGUAAAUGCUUCAGCCUCAUCUUUUUUUUAUUUGACUGAAUCUACCAACUGAUCUCAUCAUCUCAUCUUACUCAGUGAUUACUAGAGUUUAUCUGUUUGAUUUUCUUUAUGUGACAAGAAAUUAUAAGCUAAUUCUAUGGGAAAAUAGUACCUAUAUAUCCUAGAGGGAAAUGUGCCCAUUAACAAUACAGUUGCAUCAUGGCUGGCUUUGUAAUGUUUAUUUUUCCUGAAAAACAUAAUGAUUGUGUAGAUGUGUAUUAGGAGUCAGCUACCUACCCCGUGUCCUCUGGCAAGGUUGCUAAAAUUAGUUCCCUUUGAGGAUUACACAAAGUGACAGUUCAUUCCUUGAGAUGCCUUCAAGCAACCGAUGCACUAAUGCACACAACUCCUGCAACUCCCUCAACUAGGAGGUAUCAGAUUUUAAUAAAACAAUGAAUACUGCAUAGAUGGACAUCCUAUUCAUUGUUUCAUGGUUUUAUCCCUUUUGUAAUACAAUGUUAUUUCUUGACCGUGUGUAUGAGCCUUCCAAUUAUAAUGUGGGGAGGUCAAAAUAAUGAAAAACUAUCAACCAAAUCUAUUCAUUUUAAAAUGUUGAUUACUUCUCCUUUCCAUUAUCAUUCACCUGAAGAUAAGACAAGACGUGAACAAAAGACGUAUGAUGGGGGUCCCAGGGUCGCCGUUUUUUUAAAGCUAAAUCAAUGUCUCGCAAGAUCACUGAAUGAUUAAUUAGUAUUCUACAUAGGCCUAACAUACCAAAUAUAAUAGCAUAGUAUAACGUCACAAUUAGACCAAAAAUACCACUUAAUUUCUUAUGUAGACUACACUUGCAUGUUUUAUAUGCAUUAUGAUAAUCAUCCACUUCGUCACAUAUGUGUUAUUUGAAUCGAGCAUCAAGGACCAGCAGUGAACAGUUUUUUCCUUAACAAAAAAGCUUGACACAAGGGGGCCUCAAACCCACUGUUACUGUAUCCUGCAGAUUCACAGUUCACUGGUAAAUGCUACCUGGCAGCGAUAAUAAUGGAGGUACAUGGCACCUAUUUGACAAGACCAUUUUUUAAAAUGAUGUAUGAUACACUUAAAUGUUGUAUAGACCUCCUUUUUCCCGUAAAAGCACAUGGAUAUGUGUGAAAAACGUGGGAUUUUGUCAUAUAUGCGAAAAAUCUGCAUCAUGCAAUAUUUGCACACUACAAUUGUGACAGACUAAGUGGAACAAAAGUAAACCUUGAAUUUGGAGGUUUAAAAUAUCCCUCUGGUGGCCAGGGUUGACCUAUUUAAAGAAAUGCCAUUGGUUGGUGGAUAUAAAGUAUAAGAUCUUUGAUAGGCUGAUGCGGAAUUUGUUACAGGAAAUAAUCACCAGCCAGCUGGUCAGGUUAGCAUAGGGCUAAAUGUGGCAGGUUAUCUUAUGGGAACUGCUAUACAUUUAGCGUUGUAUCAAGUGCAACUAUGUAGAUUAUUUUAAUUGGCUAAUGCGCAUUUUGAGACUGAGAAAGGUUUAUGCUUGUGUGGACCCAUAUUGUUCAUUAGAUUAAGUUAUAACAUGUUAUAUCCCUAUCAAUUUGCAGUGUUGGGGAAGCUACUCGGAAAAUAUAGUUUACCAAGCUACCAAUUAAACACAAAAGCUCUGUUUCAAGUGAGAAUUUGGCAGGUCUGAUGCUAAAAAAUAAAGGAAAUUAUUGUCUACUUCACCCUUUCUUUUUUUGCAGAAAAAAAUUUGUGUAGUUCCCGUAGUUUUCUACACCGCGACAUGGCAAAAAAGUAAUGAAGUACUGAAAAGACUACCAAGAUUUGAAUUGAGCAACUACCACUAAGCUACUGCAAAAUGUAGUUAAAUUACUAGUUGAACUACAUGUAGUUCACUACUCCCCAACACUGGAAACAGCCACUGUUGAAACACAGGGAUUGUGCAGUGCAGUCUAUCAACUGUCCCAUUUAUCAGGAGCAAAGCGCUGUUUUAAAUUCCCUGUGUCACUGCCUUACAUAUUGUGAGCGCUCAUGCUUAAAGCUCUAUUGUGCAGUCACAGUGAUGUACUCAGCCUAACCUGCAAUUUCAUGCUUGUUUCUUUUUCUAGUUUCGAUACAUACUGUUGCUUAAGUUCAACCUAUUCAAUAGUGAUGGGAGAAAAAAUCGAUACAGUUACAAAUCGCAAUAUUAUUUUUGAUAAUAUAUCAUAUCGUAUCGUUUUGACAAUAUUACAAUAUAAUUUUUGCGCUAGUUGGCUGUACCUGCACCAAAACUUUCCUUUAUAGCUUGUUCUCCAUCUUCUUUUAAAAUAUGGAGCCAAUUUGUUUUCAGCACUUUUAUUUCCAUAACUGAUCAAAACCCGUUCUCAUGGCUCUCUUUUGUCCCUCUGCAGCAGACCUAUGGUGAGCAAUAUGUUUGGAACAUCGAAUCGCAGUAAAAUCCCAGUAUCAAAUCUCAAUACAUAUAGAAUCGUGAGAAUUGCAAUACAUAUCGUAUCAGCACUUAAGUAUCGUGAUAAUAUCGUAUCGUGAGGUUCCUGGCAAUUCCCAACCCUACUAUUCAAUGUAAAGGCUUUUUCCCACUGCAAUGUGUUCGUUAGAAUUCAAGAUAAAUGACUAUCUUUUUUGGACAGGUACCUCUUUUACAGGUGCAUCAGAGGAAUGAAGGCCUGAUAUGGAUAUUUCUAUACUUUUUUAACAGGUUUUGUGUCAAAUCUAAUUAUGAUACACAUUGUUCAAUUUAAACUGAAGGAGUGGCAUUGAAAAUGAAUUUGAAUAGAGAGAAAAAAGUCCCAUGGCUUUGGAAUUAGUAUGGUGUUGUUUUUUGUAUUUUAAUAAUAUUUUAGAUCACAUACAACCCGAACCCUGAUUGUUGAUGCUACUGUUUAUUUGUCCAGGCUGACAUGUUGUGUUCUGCUGUCCUCAGCUGUGGGUGAACCAGGAGGAGAGCACGGCGGUAGAGACAGUUGAGGGGGCUAGCCCCAGCCCCAGUGAGGUCCAGAACGGCCAUGCGGAGGCCAGCCCCAGCAGCAGCGACUGUCUCUGCCUGGGCCAGCCCAUCCAGAACAGAGACCAGAUGAGGGCCAACGUAAUCAACGAGAUCAUGAGCACAGAGCGUCACUACAUCAAACACCUGAAGGACAUAUGUGAGGUAGGCUUGGUUGGCUAGAGGAGAUCUUCCAGAGACUGAAGGGCAUAUGUGAAGCAGAGGUUAUAGACCAUGGAUGGGCAACUUUGAUUGGGGUGGGGGCCACAAAAAAUCUGAACAUAUCAUGCGGGGCCGCAGUGGCUCACGGGUCUGCGUAUCCAUAUAACCUGGUGGCAGGUAGCCUAGUGGUUAGAGCGUUGGGCCAGUAACUGAAAAGUCGCUCGCUGGUUAGAAUACCCGAGCCGACAAGGUGAAAAAGCUGUCGAUGUUCCCUUGAUUAAGGCACGUAACCCUAAUUUGCUCCAGGGGUGCCGUACUACUAUGUCUGACCCUGUAAAACCACACACUUCACUGCACCUCUCCGGUAUAUGUGACAAUAAAACAUCUUACAUGCAGUCAGAGCCGGCCCUAGCCUUUUGGGGGCCCUAAGUUACAUUUUGUUGGGGGCAAAACAUUUUAGGCGUUUUGUUAGUUUUGGUCUUCUGCAAGGUUUUUUUCGGCUGUUUGUGCACAUUAAAUAUUUUACUGAGACAAGCCGAAGUUCGGUAUCCAAAGUUUACGCCCCUUCAUCGGUGAUUGGUCAACAGUAGGGAUUCUUCAAUGAAGUGUUUGUUGUCAUUCAAUGAGAGACGACUCGUUUUCAUGCACAUUUUUUAACUUGAGAAAUACUGCACCAAACAUUUUAGUUAGAUGUAAAAAGUCCUCCUCGGCAAAAACUUCAAAAUUAAUUACAGAUUUCUUGAGUUAUCUUAGAUUAAUUCAGACUAUUUUGAGGAAAUGUAUACUGGCUAUGGCGUCUCAAGAGGGACAAACAGUACUAUUGCUGUUUUUUUCUUGUUUUUCAAGAGGUCUUUUAAGGGAGUAUGCGAGGCACGGACGUUCAGUUCGCCUAGCCGAGUUCUGCUAGGAGCAAACCGAACCUAGUAUGCAGACACCUUCAUGUACUAUGCUUUUCCUCACGCUUACUAUACCACAGGACAAUAUAGUCUACCAGUCAACUGUCUAUCCUGCCGUCUAUCCAUAGUGACAAUAGUGGUAGUUGGAUCGUUUGUGCAGAUCUGCAAUAGGUUAACUAGCAAUCAUACCACACAUAAAAUCAUUUAAAUCUGCACCAAUUUUCAAUAUAAAUCCACAAGAUAGAGGAAUAGCUGAUAGGCAGUGGGGAGGCCAGGUGCGUCACUAGGCAUUAAAGAACAGUGAAGACACGCAGCUUAAAAAGCUCCCCUAUUGAUCUUGUUUAGGGACAAUAAAAUGAUCCUACCUAGACUAUCCUACAACACCACAAUCCAAUAAAGAAAUUGCAUUAUUGUUUUCAAGUGAGUACAAUUGAGUACAAUUCUACUCUAGGCUGUAAACUGCAGUGAAAAUGUAAUUUGAAUAAUGGCGUAAAGUCCCUGUUUCAUUCCAUUUGGAUCAGCUGUGGGUCUACUCUCGACAGAUUAUAGAAAGACACAGUAGCAUACCAGUCUGGCUGUAUUUUUACUUCCAAUACUGAUACGUUGUCUGUUGCCAGUCAUCAUUCUCCCAAGUCAUCCUAUAUAUGCUCCCAGCAGGCCCAGUUAUUCAGGAAAGCUUAACAGGGUUCUGCCUCCUUUCCGAUCCGAGCGGUUAUGACUCGACCUAUAAUAUAACGCUACAAUCUAUCCUAAAUAUUUGUCAUUUAACUUUUAAAAUGCAUUACCUUUUAUGUGUGGCAUAACACAACUAGUCACAAUGCUUUAAUCUGAUAAGGCUACUUCAAAAGUCUCCUGUAGGCUGCCUGCGCAUGUUCAUCCACUCCACUCUAAUAUAAUUCCAGCAUCCAAACUGUGCAGCAGCCAUUCGAUUAAUGGAAAGAGACAUCUGUUACAAAACACCAAAAAGUUUAAUUACAAUUGAGAUUGUCAAACCAAGCCUUCGAUGCUGAGUAGGGAGGGAUGUAUUUUCAAGAUUGACAUACUCUACUUCAGUGGUCUCCAACCUUUUCUAUUAUGAGAGCUUUUAAAAAAGGAAACAUGUCGCGAGCUACAAUUUUAUUUCUAGCUUUCAAAUAGGAACAUUCUUCUCUUCUCUCCCCUGCAACUCUUCCCCAGGUCCUUAGUGUACAAGAGAAAAUAAUGCACUAUGUUUUCUGUUAAUAUACCUGGUAAAAUAAUAGUUAAUAAACAACUCUAAAGGGGGCCAUAUAAAAUCUGAGAUUUUUUCCCCCAAAUGCUGUUUUAUAUUUUCCCAAAUUCUGUUUUCUCAGUUUUAUUGUUCCUGGUUUUUGAUUUUUUGAUGUAUUUAUUUUUCACUCUCAAAACUACAAUUGUUCAUAGAUAAACAACGAAAUUGGAUGUUCUGAGUCCAUGUCAAUGCUUACAUCACAUCAGAAGACCAUUUAUUUUAGGUCUGUAAGGAAACUAGCAAAUAGAUUGUUGAGUGUAAUUCCCCUUUAAUUGUGCAUCUGGCCCUUUAAUUGCGCAUAUCCUGAGCCAGGAAUGUGCCGUCUAAUGUGCAGGUCUAGUGAUGGUUCUGUGCUGCUGCUGGGCAUUUCAUGGCAAAGUUUGCAAAUAACAAAUAUUAGGUACAGUUGAAGUCGGAAGUUUACAUACACCUUAGCCAAAGAAAUGUAAACUCAGUUUUACACAAUUCCUGACAUUUAAUCCUAGUAACAAUUCCCUGUCUUAGGUCAGUUAGGAUCACCACUUUAUUUUAAGAAUGUGAAAUGUCAGAAUAAUAGUAGAGAGAUGGAUUUAUUUAAGCUUUUAUUUCUUUCAUCACAUUCCCAGUGGGUCAGAAGUUUACAUACACUCAAUUAGUAUUUGGUAGCAUUGCCUAUAAAUUAUUUAACUUGGGUCAAACGUUUUGGGUAGCCUUCCACAAGCUUCCCACAAUAAGUUGGGUGAAUUUUGGCCCAUUCCUCCAGACAGAGCUGUUGUAACGGAGUCAGGUUUGUAGGCCUCCUUGCUCACACACGCUUUUUCAGUUCUGCCCACACAUUUUCUAUAGGAUUGAGGUCAGGGCUUUGUGAUGGCCACUCCAAUACCUUGACUUUGUUGUCCUUAAGCCAUUUUGCCACAACUUUGGAAGUAUGCUUGGGGUCAUUGUCCAUUUGGAAGACCCAUUUGCGACCAAGCUUUAACUUCCUGACUGAUGUCUUGAGAUGUUGCUUCAAUCUAUCAACAUAAUUUUCCUUCCUCAUGAUGCCAUUUAUUUUGUGAAGUGCACCAGUCCCUCUUGCAGCAAAGCACCCCCACAGCAUGAUGCUGCCACCCCCCGUGCUUCACGGUUGGGAUGGUGUUCUUCAGCUUGCAAGCAACCCCCUUUUUCCUCCAAACAUAACGAUGGUCAUUAUGGCCAAACAGUUCUAUUUUUGUUUAAUCAGACCAGAGGACAUUUCUCCAAAAAGUACGAUCUUUGUCCCCAUGUGCAGUUGUAAACCGUAGUCUGGCUUUUUUAUGGCGGUUUUGGAGCAGUGGCUUCUUCCUUUCUGAGCGGCCUUUCAGGUUAUGUCGAUAUAGGACUCGUUUUACUGUGGAUAUAGAUACUUUUGUAUGCUGUUGUUCUGGGAUUGAUUUGCACUUUUCGCACCAAAGUACGUUCAUCUCUAGGAGACAGAAGUCUCCUUCCUGAGCGGUAUGAUGGCUGCGUGGUCCCAUGGUGUUUAUAGUUGCGUACUAUUGUUUGUACAGAUGAACGUGGUACCUUCAGGCGUUUGGAAAUUGCUCCCAAGGAUGAACCAGACUAGAGGUCUACAAUUUUUUUCUGAGGUCUUGGCUGAUUUCCUUUGAUUUUCCCAUGAUGUCAAGCAAAGAGGCACUGAGUUUGAAGGUAGGCCUUGAAAUACAUCCACAGGUACACCUCCAAUUGACUCAAAUGAUGUCAAGCAGCCUAUCAGAAGCUUCUAAAGCCAUGACAUAAUUUCCUGGAAUUUUCCAAGCUGUUUAAAGGCACAGUCAACUUAGUGUUUGUAAACUUCUGACCCACUGGAAUUGUGAUACAGUGAAUUAUAUGUGAAAUAAUCUGUCUAAACAAUUGUUGGAAAAAUUACUUGUGUCAUGCACAAAGUAGAUGUCCUAACCGACUUGCCAAAACUAUAGUUUGUUAACAAGACAUUUGUGGAGUGGUUGAAAAACGAGUUUUAAUGAAGGUUUUGGUGAAAGUAUUUCUGUCAAACCACAAGAAGGUUAUCACAUCAACUGGCUACACACGGAGUGAUACACAUAAGAGCACCCCACACAGACAGACUGGCAAUAUUGCUGGAAAUUCAUUGGCAGAUAUUGUGUUAGGUUUGGCUUUUUAAUUAAGCCAUUAGUAGCUAACCAGUGGUGGGAUAAUGGCAAUGUUGUGUUGAUAAGAUAGUAGCUGGGAGCUUGUAGUGUCUGAUACUUGUGAGAUUUGUUUAUGACAGUUUGCGGUGGAAUACGUGAAAAUUGCAUGUACUUUCAGAAUUGUUUGGCGAGCUACUCAUAGGUUGCCUGCGAGCUACUGGUAGUUUGUGAUCGACUUGUUGGAGACCCCUGCUCUACUUGAUUGUGGUGUUGAACGCUAACCAUGAUGAUAAGCGUUCCAAGUCGGAAGUCGGUAUGCGGUUAUGCGUUGCUUAUUGGUUAUUGUGGUGCAUUGGCACAGAAACCUGUUGGUGGAAAAUCUGUUGCAUGUAUUUUAUAUAAUUAUAAAUAUCAUCAAAUGUUAAAUGGAUUUCCGCCUAGUUGAUCAUUGUCUGCAGCCGGCUCUGAUCGUAGUGUAACGAGACAGGCAGGGAGUACAUUCUUUUUGUACAUUUUUCCAUGGUGGUCUGCGAACCCUCAACCUUCUGGCCCGUUAGAGCUGUGUGGCAUUGACUGUGCCACAAAACAAUGCUAAAGUCAUUUAUAAACAUGAAGGUUGAAAAAGUGUAUUUGUAUUUAUCUAAGUACCCAAUAAACUGUAUAUCCAAUAUUUCCACAGUGCUAUAACAGCUCUUGUGCACUACAGUGAUUAGAUUAUGCAGUACAGUGCUUUCCACGGACUAGGAACAAAAUGUGUCUAAAGGCAAACUUCAGUCAAUGAUGUUCUAAAGAGUAGUGACAUGCUACAGUGUUUUAGUGAGAGAUUAGAAGCGAUGGCUGACCCGUAAAUGCUGGUUGUGGGCUCAGAAAUAGCAUCCCUCCCAUCCCACUGCACUCUUCCCCAGCAUAUAUAGAAACAAGCACUCCAUCUCUUCACGCACAACCUGUCUCCGUCAAACAACACACCCAGGAGAGUACACGAAAAAGUACUCAAGAAGCUGUUACCCAAUCUAUGACAUUUUUCAUCAGUUUUCCCUCUGUUCCCACAGAAAUAUUACAUAAUCACAAUGUGCUUCGGAACCCCCAAAAUGACGCAGAGCUCAGUUGGUAGAGCAUGGCGCUUGCAACGCCAGGGUUGUGGGUUCGAUUCCCACGGGGGACCAGUAUGAAAAAAUGUAUGCACUCACUAACUGUAAGUUGCUCUGGAGAAGAGCGUCUGCUAAAGGACUAAAAUGUAAAAAAAAUGUGUAAGCAACAUCAAAUGGCAAAUCGUAAUGUCUAGGUGACUAGGAAUGGGUAUUGAAGCGUGAUGGGUCACUUAAGUGUGAAACUAUAUGAUUUUUCAGGAAUGACUUGAAAUGUUAUUGGAGAAAUGAGCUCCCACAGAGGGGAUGAGUUACAUAACUGAGACUCUUGCUUAUAGAGCUGUAGCCAUCUUUCCUGCCUUUAUUUCUCCCUAGGUCUAAUCUGGGAAAAAUGUGGUUAGAAAAAUAAAUUCGAUGGGAAAGUAACAGUGAAUAAAUUAUGAUUAUGAUGCAGUUAUUGGCACUGAUGCCUUUUUUAAGCUCAGACAAAACUGUUUGAAUGCCCUGUGUCAUGUAAAAAUAUUUCCAGCGUUAAAUAGUUCACAGUCGUUCUGAUUGUGUUCUGAUUGUGACGUCAUGCUGUAAAAUUUCUCCCAGUGUGAAAAUGUUCCCAGUUCAAUAAUUGCACGCGCAUAUCUUUAUGUGGAUGGUUGAGCUCGUGCGGAUGUUUCUCUCACAUCCUCCUUCGACCUCGAAAAACUGUUCUGUCGGCACGCGCAUUUGCUUCACACAUCUGCCAAUCAAUGGUGGCCAGGAGUAUUGACACUGACCAAUCAGAAGCUUGUUGAGGCGUGAGGUCAGCAUAUAUACACCCGGACUCACGCGUCAAAGUGCAGAGGGUUGAUGUGAGGAGAGAUAUGUUGCAAAGAUUUGGGAGCUAUGUAGGAUGCGAGAGAAACAUCCGACGAGCACAGCCAUCCAUAUAAAGAGACGCACAUGCAAUUAUUAAACUGGGAAUAUUUUCACGUUGUGAGAAAUUUUCGAACAUGACGUCACAAUCACAACACAAUCAGAACGAUUGGGAAGUAUUUCAGGCCGGGAAGAUUUUUACAUGACACCCUGCAGUAAAAAAAAACACAUCCGAGAUGCAAUGCAACAUCAAUGAAAUACUAUCCUUUGAAAUGCAUAAUAUUGGAACAUAACUUUUUUUUUCUUUGUUGCCUCAGGGUUACUUCCGGCAAUGUAAAAAAAGAAGAGACAUGUUCAACGAUGACCAGUUGAGGGUCAUAUUUGGGAACAUUGAAGAUAUCUACAGGUUUCAAAUGGGCUUUGUCAGAGACCUGGAGAAGCAGUACAAUACAGAAGAACCUCAUCUCAGUGAAAUAGGUCCCUGCUUCCUAGAGCAUGUAAGCAUUUUUGUAUCUCUCAGGAUUUCAAGUGUUUUUUAAAUGUAAUCCCUCAAUAGAUUUGAGCAAACCUUGUGUAUCAUACGUACAUGUCCAUUGGAUUCUCAUCCUUUGUCAUACAUCUGAGAACCUUGAUGAUGGGGCAUUUCAGAGUUCCCUUUGGUUAUUAAUUUCAAUGGUAACUUAAGGCAGUAGUGCACGCUCACUAUUUUGUGAACUCCAAAAAAAGAAAAACAUUCGCAGCUUGUUUCAGCAUUUCAGACAUACUGUGUACACGUUUAUCUGUUGCAGCAAGAUGGCUUUUGGAUCUACUCAGAGUACUGCAACAACCACGUGGAUGCCUGCAUGGAGCUCUCUCGGCUGAUGAAGGAUGGCCGCUAUCAGCACUUCUUCGAAGCGUGUCGCCUGGUGCAGCAGAUGAUUGACAUCGCCAUUGAUGGCUUCCUGCUCACGCCCGUCCAGAAGAUCUGCAAGUACCCUCUGCAGCUGGCAGAGCUGCUCAAGUACACUGUCCAGGAGCACAGGUACCUGUCCCUCAGUCUCAAUUUCACAUCAAAGAUUUACAUUCAUCUCUGUGUCAUGAUGAAGCAUGUUUCUACUGAUAAAGAUCCUGCUGGAAUGAAUGGUCUUUUUUGUUCAGUGUAAUUGGCCAGUAUGAGACAUGAGGGUCUUUCAUUAAUAUGUGAGGAUCCUAGACAUGGAUGCUAAACUAAAAGUAUUGUUGCUUUGUGCAGUGAUGCUAUGAUAGAGAUGUGGCACAGUAUGCAUGCCUGACUAUCUACAGUACUAUUGUUGACCUAUUCCUCCUUCUUAGUCACCUCCACUAUAACAUUGUGUCUCCUCCCCUCCUCUCGUAGUGACUACCGUUACGUCGCUGCAGCACUGGCUGUCAUGCGGAACGUCACUCAGCAAAUUAACGAGCGGAAGCGUCGCCUGGAAAACAUUGACAAGAUAGCACAGUGGCAGGCGUCUGUGCUGGACUGGGAGGUAGGACUGAGACAGGGUGACAGGACUGAGGAACUAACAAGUACUAUGGGACAAACAUACAACAAUCUGUUUUACUUCAAUAUUUUUCUCUGUCAACUCACUCCUUUGCUACUAGUUUGUUUUGGUCAGAGUUUGAAACAUAAUGUAUUUUACAACGGAAAUAGUUUGAUAAGCUGUCACGUAGAGCUUCUAUGAAGGUUUAGAGGCAAGAAGUUGUUGUUUCUUCUAAAGGAAAAUGUAUCAAUCGCUCCUUUUGGAGUACCUACUCUUUUGAAAACAUAGAUUGUCAAAUGCAGUGCAUUUUGAAGCACUCCGUUUCAUCAGGAUGAAGUUAAUCAGGAGUGAGAAAAGGAAGUGAAAGGAUCUGUGUUGCUUGACUAGAGCCUGUAUUUGAUGUGAGCGUGAGAGAGCUAGCGAUAUCAGGCCACUCUGACCUAGUUGAAGAGAGUUUUUCCAGAGUUGCACAAUCACUGAGGUACUGUAAUUAUAUAAAGUAAUUUUUUUUUCAAACCCACCAGAGUUCUACUUUGUCACCAUCUAUGUAUUUGAUUCUUCUGUCAUUAUCUAAUGAGUCAAUGUAACAUGAGAGGAAGCCUGUCUUACCAGUCAGUAUCUUAUCAGUCAAUUUUCUAAUGUCAUAAGCAUAAAAUGAUUCUGUUUUGUUGACUAUGUAUCACAGACUGUUAUUGAUCCUGUUUAAAGAUCUGACCUUCUUGUAUUUCUCUGUGCAGGGGGAUGAUAUUCUAGACAGGAGUACAGAGCUGGUGUACACUGGGGAGAUGUCAUGGAUCUACCAGCCAUAUGGGCGGAGUCAGACCAGGGUCUUCUUCCUGUUCGACCAUCAGAUGGUUCUGUGUAAAAAGGUAAGGUGGCCACAUCUGGGUAACAAAUGCUAUUGAAUUGAUCGGAACCAGUCUUGGCACAUCCAUCUGUACAUAUUGCCAAUGUAACCACUCUCUUUUGCAGACAGAGUUGGCAUGAAUUUGUUUAGAAUGUGAUCAACUGGUCAAUUUGUUUGUGAAUAAAACAUGGCAGCAAAAUCAGUAUGUGUGUUUGUACAUUUAGUUACACUCCCAGGUUCAAGGCAAGUGAAGGUCGCUGCUUGAAAAAGAGAGGUAUGUCACCAGCUUAAUGUGCCUAAGGGGUAAUGAUUUAUUGUGCAAAACAGAAAGUCACAGGGUUGUAUAAGAAAAUGCUUAGCCUCAGACAGAGCUUUAGGACAUUAUGACUACAGUUUUUAUAGUAGUUUAUAUGACAAUAAUUCCUCUUUACUCCCCAAUUCCGACAAGAUAUUUGAGUCAUAUACACAAAACUUAAACUGUUAAAAUAAGAAGCAUCUCAAGUAAAAAAUAAUUUAAGAAGUUCUGAAAUGCAUCCAAUAGCUCAAAAUGUGUUGAGAGAUUCUCAAAUGUCAUGUUAAGAAAUUCUCAAUUAAUGUUUAGCUCUUAAACCCUCAAUCAAUCCCAUUAAUUGGCCUAUUAGUACGAGUCUUUGUAAAAGCUUAGUCAUUCAAAUGUGAUGGUAGCUCUCAGAAACUUCACAGUGAGGGAAAUUCUGCAACCUAUAUCAGUGUGAUAUAUUGUCACCAUGCAAUUUGCAGUUUGAAAUUAAAAUGGUCAGGAACACAUCUUUAAUUCAGCUCUUGAAAUGGAAUGGAUCCUGUGGUACUUGAUGUAACAGAACUGGAUGGAGAUUCAUCCCUGCUUGUCUGUGAGGUCUUAUCUUUGAUCUCCAUCCCCUCAGCACUGUGAUUGAUUCCUGCUCCUGAGGUGGAUGACAACAGUGUUGUAACAUAAGGCCGUCCAAAGGGGAGCUGACAGGCUUACAGGACAGUACACAGGGCUGUUGUGUCUCUCAGAGUUUACCGCUACCACUGGCAGCUGGGACAAGUGUGACGCAAGCUCUCCGAGGGGACAGGAAUACAUAGUACGCAGCAGAAACAUCACUAAUGGGGAUGGGACACCUGGAAUCUGGAGCAGCUGUUUACAGCAAAGUGCAUUAUUCAUCAGGGUGAUUGUCUGGAACCCUGUCUAUCACAGGGAAAUUGAUAGGCUGCAAUUAGUAAAAAUUCACUUAUUUCUUCCUGGCUGCCAGGAAUUCAAGCCUUUUCAUUUCCUGUCUGUCUGUCACCUGGGUUUCGCAGUACCUCGCUAGUGUUCAAAGCACUGGCGUAGAUAAUUAGAAUCCACUCUACUUUAUUUUUCCUUUCCCUUCCGCUCCUCCCUCCCUUCCUUUUCCCUCAGGACUUGAUAAGACGAGACAUCCUGUACUACAAGGGCCGCAUGGAUAUGGACAGGUACAAUGUAGUUGAUGCCGUCGAUGGGCGGGAUGAUGACUUCAACGUGAGUGUGAAGAACGCGUUCAAGCUGAGUAAUAAGGAAUCCGACGAGAUCCACAUCUUCCUGGCCAAGAAGCUGGAGGAGAAACUUCGCUGGCUAAAAGCUUUCCACGAGGAACGCAAGAUGGUGCAAGAGGAUGAAAAAAUAGGUGUGAAUGUGAAAGAAAUGUUAAUUUGUACAACAUAAAUGAAAAUGAUGAAUGAAAAUAACAAUUAUUUAUAUUUUUCAGGGUUUGAGAUAUCAGAGUAUCAGAAGCGACAAGCGGCAAUGACGGUGCGAAGAAUGACCAAACAAAAAGGUAAAUGCACACUUUACCAAGUUAGUUAACUAACAGCUUCUGUUUUUAGUCCAUAUAUAGUGCAUCUCUCUCCUCCUUAAUAUCUCUCCUCCCAUGUGUAGGCCAUAGGUCUGUGCCCCCCGGAUACCCCCCUCCUAUGGACCCCAUGAAUCCAGGACAGUACUUGGUAGGAGACGGCAUGGAACAAUCAGAAUUUGAAUUCCCUGAACCUGAAAGGUGCAAGUCUCCCUUCUGGCAGAGCUUCAGCAGGUUAACCCCCUUUAGGAAAUAG